CCCUAACAGCUGGUUCCUGGCAGCCAUUAGCACCUUGCAGCACAGGAACAUCUUUCACUUUGAGUGCUGGGAGGAUGGAGAAGGCUGGCAGCAUCAGUGAUCCUAGGAGAAAUAAUGAGGGGGCACAAAACGGAUGCAUAGAUGGAGAGAAGGAAGGUGGACUGAGAAGAUCAUGUUAUAACCUAUGAUCACAGAAAGUCCUGAUCACGUUUCUCUGCUGUCACCUGUGGGCUCCUCCAGAGCCGUGAAGAAGGGGGAACUCCAGCCCCACCAUGAGAAGACUGGGUCUUCUGCGCAUGGCAACUCAACCCAUGUGAGAGUCCACUUAUGUGAGUACCCAGCAGCACACUUUGCUGUCUGUGGACAUUGACUGCCAUCUAAGAGACAACACAGCUCCCUCCUCUCCCCUUAGAAGCCACUGUAUUAGAGCCUCCAUGUGCAUUUGCUAUGACAUACAUCAAUGUUGAUGAGAGACAGGAACACUGCCGGGUGAUCUUGAGCUGCCAAAAUAAUCAGCUCUGUGCGCAACAUGGCUUAAAGGAGUUUUCAGUUAGCAGCAUGCAUCCACUAAAGAACUUAGACACUCACAUUUUUUCUGGGGACUUCCACACUCUACACUCUCGCCACACAGGCAAGGCGCUUUUGGCCAAUCCUGUGGAGAAGCGGAUGUAUCGGAGCGUGGAGAACCUUCACUGGGCAACAGUAGCUGAGUCUGGGCUGUAUUCUCACUGCCGGAGCCUGGAUAACGAGAUCAUCUUUCGCUAUAGAGGCACCCGUCAGUGGUCAGAAGGCUGUGUGGAUGUGGCCCCCGUACGGAGCACGUUGGACUCCUUGAGAAAUCUUUCUAUCCGUCCUAAACAGACAUCACAGUCAGCACAGAAUGUGCUCCUCCCUCCCUAUGUCAAAGUGCCUCAGUGGCUCUUCCCUUCUGCAGAGGACAGAGCCCUACGCGAGGAUGCCAAAAAAGAGCUGAAGGAGAAGCUGAGGCUGCACAGCAGUAAAGUGGCAGAGCCCAGCAAGCCAGUGCGUCCACAGGCAGUCCUGACUGACCUGGCAGCACAGGAGUUUUCUGAAUGCCAGAUGUGCCAGCAGUACAAGAACGGUUGUGCUGUCAGCUGCUGCACAGUUUUGGUGGAACAUGCUGCCCUAAGACGUGGCCUCACAGGGAGACAGAGACUCUGUGUCGCACACAGGAUCAUCAGUCCAGAAGACAUCAAACAGGAGGCUCAGAGGAGGCUUCGGCUCCACAGGCAGAAUAGCUCCCCUAGCUUGCCCUUCCAGCAUGCUGAGGAAAGCCAUGAGAUGGAGAAAUCCAGAACAGCAGAAUCCCUGGAACGACUCAGUGGGGAAAUAGAUGUCAAAGAAACACUGGGGCAGAGCAGGAAAAACCGCUGCAAAGGGAGGCUGUACAUACCCACCUUUGAGGAAUUCAAGCAAAUGAUAAGUAAGGAGGCAAAUUCAUCUGCUGGCAGCAGUGAGACAGCAAAGUGCUUGAGUGAGGGGCUGCUUACAAACCAGCUCUUGGAUGAGAAGAGCAAUAGGAACAUCUGUCCAGAAGGUUUGGGAACCAAAGCUGUGAAUGAAGCUGCCAUCACAGCAGAGGAUGAUGACGAUGUGUUCCAAGAAAACCACACCUCUGCUGGGUUUUCGCAAUAUCCAGUCACGUGGGAUGGUUUCAGGCUAAGCAGCUCUGAAGUUAAGGACAGAACUGUCCAGAUCUCCAGCCUGGAUAUAUCCCCAGUCCCCAUUUGCUCUAGCCCUAUUCCACGAUCACCUUUGCAGGCUGUAGCAAUACGCAGAGCUGGGCAGGAGAUCUUCAGUGGUGAGCAGCAGAAAGGAGAGACGAGACAAUUAAAUGAUGUCCUCCACCUUGCAGGGCAGUCACUGGCUUCUGAAGCCCAGUCCUCUUGCUGUCCAUCGCUGCUGUUAGAAGGCACAGACUUGUCAAGCUAUGGAGCUAAGCUACAAAAAAUGAAGGAUGAAUUCAUAGGUUCAGCCCUGGAACUUAUUAAGAAAAGCUGCAAUGCUGAGACUGCUGCCAAAUCCCCCUCUGAGGGACAGUGUGAUCUGAAGGAAGACGAUCGCCCACCUCCAGAGGACAGCCUGCAAGCCACAGCAAUGUCCAUGGCAACAGAGAGCUGGGAGGAUAAGACAAGCAAUGAGAAAUCGAGUGAUACUCAACCUGCAGGGAAUACCUCCAGUCCCAGCUGCCGCCGAUCCAGCUCUGACAUCGUCCAUGAGAGCACGGAUGGUGCCAAGGCCCAGAGGGAGUGCCGGCUGCGGCCACAUUUCAGUGACCCCAUGCCAACAGACUCAGUGAAGAGGAAGCAGCUGGAGCUGAAGAUUGCAGCGGCAGCACGGCAGCAUGCACAGAAACGCCGGCAGGAGCGAGACUACGGUCCAGUGGUAGCAAAAGCCAACCUUGGUCAUGGCAGCAGCUUUGACGAGACUCGCCGUGCCCCACGUGGCUCCUUCCGUUCCAGACAUCACUGGAGCAACAUCAGCAGCCUGAGCACCGACAGUGGCAUCGUGGGUGUGAACGAUGUCCGUGAUGACCUGGAUCCCACUGAGGCCACCCGGACCAAGUCUGCAGAGGUGGAGAGGGCAGACAGUGGCAUUAGCCAGAUGUCAGCCAGGAAGUGGAGGAACAGGGCAUCCGAAACACUGAGCUCCCUGCAGGCCUGGGAAGCCCACCGGCCCUGUACCGACUGUGGAGAAAGGGACCUCCCAGUAGAGACAGAUAUGCAGAACUGCAAUCAGAGGCGGGCUGACCUCUGUGAGAAGUGCCGCAAGCGCAGGACGGAGCGCAAGGAAUCCGUGCUGGAGUUCGUCAACACGGAGGCCAGCUAUGGGGAGGACCUGCGCAUCAUCAAAGAGGAGUUCUAUCUCCCCAUGCAGGCAGCUGGGCUGCUGAGUCAGGAGCAGCUCCUUGGCAUCUUCAGCAAUAUUCAGGAGCUCAUUGAUCUCAAUGAAAGCUUCCUGGAAAUACUUCAGGAAGAGAUCGAUCAGGCCUUUGAUCAGGGGGACGAUGACCUGAUGACCGUGUGCAUCGGCGAAAUAUUUCUAGAGUUCGUCAACAUGUUGCCAGCCUUUCAGACCUACUGUCUUCAGCAGUCCUCCUCUGUGAACAUGCUCAAUGCUCUGGAAAAGGAGAAAGAGUUGCUCAGAAUAUUCCUCAACGUGUCCCAGAAUGACAACACAGCACUGCGGCGGAUGAACUUGAGGUCCUUUCUGAUGGCCCCCUUGCAAAGGGUCACAAAGUACCCACUGCUGCUCAGCAGAAUCAUCAAGGCCACCACUGAGUACCACCCAGAUCACGGCAGCCUGCGGGAGGCCAAGAGCCGCAUCGAGUCCCACCUGGAGCACAUCAACAUGAAAACCAAGCAGGAAGGAAACACGUGGACCCUCCGCUCCUUUCGCCAAGACAGCAAGAAGAAGAGGGAAGUCAUCAACAUUGAAAUGAGGGAAACUGCCCUCAAAACUGUGGGAUGGCUGCGGGAGGAAACACGAUUUGUCAUGGAGGGGUCUCUGCAGCUGGCCCAGCCCCCUGACGGCCAGUGGGUAAAGAAAGGCAGCAAGACCUUGAAGUUUCAGAACAUGCAGGUCCUCCUCCUGGUGAAUAUGAAACGUGUGUCUGAGUCCAGCCUGGAGUCAGCGGAGCCCGGGCCUGUGAAGGAUGCCGUGCUGGUACUCAUCAGGGACAAAAAUAAUGGGAAGUUCCAUUUGCUCAGGGAGCCCUUGAGGCUGAGUAAUUGCAUUGUCUCCACUGAUCCUGACUGUGACGACACUUUUGAACUCAUUGAAAUCAGGAGGGAGGCGUUUGUGUUCCGGGACAGCGACCGGGCACGGACUCACCACUGGUUCCGGCAGAUCCGGCGGUACUCGCGGGAGUUGGGCUCCUGGAAGAAGCGUCGGAACGCGCUGCCCAACAUCAUGAUCAGCACGCCUCACACCAGGCCCUGAGACCAGUGUCAGGAAACUGGGCUUGGUCAGAGCCACGUGCGAGGACCCUGAGAGCCUGGGCGGCUUGAAUUUGCUCUGCUUCGUGGACAACAUGGAAAGGAGUCUGAUGCAUGAACUACUUACUGAGCGGUGCCGGAGCCAAGGUUACAGCCUGAUCCUGGUCUCCAGCCUCAGGACUCAGAGCCUGUUUGUGGCUGAUGUACGUACACAGAGGGGCCUGCUGAGGAGCAGACCUCUGGAGGAAAAUAAUGAGUUUAACUUGUUAAUAUUGCACUGUGGGAGAAUGACGUAUGAUGCUUGCAUUUGCAUGAAUUCUGUUGAAAGCCAGUCUUGAUAACAUGAAAGAGGUUUCUACCACUGACUAUAUUUCAUUAUAGGUAAAGUCAGGGUCAACAUUCGGUGCAGUAUUAUGCAGAAGAGGAGGAAAGUCGGAGAAAAUAUUUUCCACUGCUACUCCUGAGGACUGUAUUUCAUUUUUCAAUUGUAUCUUCAGUCACAGUACUUGUUUUAAAAGGUCUUUCAUAUUUAAUCCAAGUCAAGUAGGAGUCAAUUUACUCUGAUCCAGCUGCAUGCACACAGCACACGAAAAAGGUCAGAUGAUAAAAGGGGUUCUUGCUCUCUCCCGUGUGCACCCCAAAUACAUGUAAAGAGCGUUGGAAGAGCAGUAUCCCCCCAGUGGAAGUCUGUAUUUAAUGGACUCAGAGACUGAGACGUUACAGUGCAUCUCAAAUAUUUCAGAACUGUAUGUAAAUAUGGCUCUGCUACCACUAAUAGUGAACUUAAAAUGCAAUUAUUUAAAUGAUGUAAUCUAGUGUAUUUCAAAAUUUAACUGAAAGGAACACUUUACAUCGUCCUGUAGAGAAAACAUAAAAGGUUUUAAUAAUUAAUUAUGUUUCAA